AUGGAGGACCGGAUAUACUCCAGCUCCUUCUUGGGACGACACAGUCCGCAUGCGCACCACCUCCCCGCCGAGGUCGAGGAAGGAAACGUCGAGUACAAGCUCAAGUUGAUUGACCCGUCGCCGGAGCGGGUACAGCACCUCAUCACCCAGAUGAAGUGGAGACUCUCCGAGGGCCACGGCGAGGCCAUGUACGAAAUCGGAGUCGCCGACAACGGAGAGCUUGUCGGUCUGACCAGAGCCGAUAUGGACCAGACCAUCGCGACUCUCAGGAUGAUGAGCCAGUCUCUUUCGGCUGAAAUCUCGCUGAUCCGCGAGCGUCCCGUGCCCACCGCCAUCCGGAUGAUCGCCGAGGUGCUUGUUAGAAAGUGUCUGGUCGAUCAGCAUCACUUUCUGGAGAUCCGAGUGGCCAUCAUUGGAGCGGCCGACGCUGGAAAAUCAACGCUUUUGGGAGUGCUGACGCACGGCGAGGCUGACAAUGGCAACGGAAAAGCCCGGCUGAAUCUCCUGCGUCAUCGCCACGAAAUCCAGACUGGCCGCACGUCGUCCCUCUCCCAGCAGAUCAUUGGAUUCACGGCCUCGGGGGAACUUCUCAACUACGCCACUACCAACAUUACCCGGUGGGAGCAGAUCUGCGAGAUUGCCUCCAAGGUCGUGACCUUCCUCGACACUUGCGGCCACCCAAAGUACCAGCGAACCACCCUGGCUGGACUCACCGGACAUGCCCCGCACUAUGCCUGCCUCAUCAUCAGUGCCAGUGCCAGCGGCCUCCCCGAGAUCUCUCGCGACCACUUUGGCAUGGCCAUGAUUCUGAAGGUCCCACUGUUCAUCGUCAUCACAAAGGUCGACAUUGCAACCAUAGAACAGCUCACUCGAACGAUGAACGCCCUGUUCCAGCUCCUCAAGUCGCCCGGGGUUCGACGGGUGCCCUUUGUGAUCCAGACCAAAGACGACGUUUGCUCCGCAGCCGCCAACUUUGACAGCUCCAAGAUCAUCCCGGUCUUCCUGACCUCGAGCGUCACGGGCGAGAAUCUGCACCUCGUGGCAGAGUUCCUCAAUCUGCUCAAGAAGCCAGGCACGACCAGCCCAGCGCCCGGAAAGGAGACCCAACUGGACAAGAAGGCGGAUCUGCCGUUUGUGUUCCAAAUCGAUGACUACUACGAUGUUCCGGACGUCGGGCAGGUUGUGGGCGGCAUCGCCGUCAACGGCCGUGUCCAGCUGCGCGGCCCGCUCUCGUUCCUCUCGCAAUACUACAUUGGUCCCCACAAAGGCAAGUUCUACAGGGUCCUGCUGGUGGGCGCACAUCGCCAGCGAUGCCCCGUCAGCCACGUCCAAGCUGGACAGGCGGCCACCUUUGCCGUCCACAUCCCCAAAGCCGACUUGGUUGUCAGCAAGAGGAGAAUCCCCGCGAUGACAAAGUCUGCGUCUCUGACUCCUCUGUCGAGACCCAAGACGGACCAACGAAAGAUCAAGAACCGCUACUCGACCCCAGAGUUCCUCGCGUUCGACGGCGCUGAGAAGCACACCACACCGGCGUUCAAGGUGCGGAAGGGAAUGGUUAUCCUCGAGUCGGUCGCCAACGCCCAGGGCCACUAUCCCGUGCCCCGCGCCUCACUCGAGUUUAUCGCCGACCUGCACAUUCUCUAUGCGCCCGGCCGGCUCCACAUAGGAACCCAGGGCAUUGUAUACUGUCGCUCGAUCCAGCAGAGUGCGAGGCUGGUCGAGAUCGUUGAGCAAUUCACGACCGGUCGAGACACCGCGCCGCCAGGAAAAUUUGCCAAGUCCACCGCCGCUGCUGCUGGUGGUGGUGCAGCAGCAGCAGCAGUGAAAACGAAGACAUUGGGUCAAGAUGUCUCGACUAUGGCGACAAAUCCCUCUGCCACCGCGGCCCCGCCCGCCAAACCACCACAGCCAGCCAAACAUGCCGCCCUUGAAUCGUCCACCAGCAACACUCUCAAGUCGGGCGACAAGGUGCGAGUCCGACUUCGAUUCCUGAACGAGCCCGAGUGGAUGGGCACCGACAGUAUGAUCCUGUUCCGCGAUGGACGCAUGAAGUGUGUCGGCAAGAUCGUCCAGGCGCUGUGA